AUGGGAGCCGCCCGCCUGCUGCCUAACCUUACUCUGUGCUUGCAGCUCUUGAUUCUCUGCUGUCAAACGCAGGGGGAGAAUCACCCGUCUCCUAAUUUUAACCAGUACGUGAGGGACCAGGGCGCCAUGACCGACCAGCUGAGCCGGCGGCAAAUCCGUGAGUACCAGCUCUACAGCCGGACCAGCGGCAAGCACGUGCAGGUCACCGGGCGUCGCAUCUCCGCCACCGCCGAGGACGGCAACAAGUUCGCCAAGCUCAUCGUGGAGACGGAUACAUUUGGCAGCCGGGUCCGCAUCAAGGGGGCGGAGAGCGAGAAGUACAUCUGUAUGAACAAGAGGGGCAAGCUGAUUGGGAAGCCGAGUGGGAAGAGCAAAGACUGCGUGUUCACCGAGAUCGUGCUGGAGAACAACUACACAGCCUUCCAGAACGCUCGGCACGAGGGCUGGUUCAUGGCUUUCACUCGGCAGGGCCGGCCGCGCCAGGCCUCCCGAAGCCGCCAGAACCAGCGCGAGGCCCACUUCAUCAAACGCCUCUACCAGGGCCAGCUGCCUUUCCCCAACCACGCGGACAGGCAGAAGCAGUUCGAGUUCGUGGGUUCGGCCCCCACCCGCAGGACCAAGCGUACUCGGAGGCCCCAGCCCCAAACGUAGUUAGGGAGGCCAUAGUGAGCAGUGUCGGGUAGAUGCCCCUUGGCAGCCUUCUCUCUCUUCUCUAACUCAUCCAAAGAUGGGGGCUGGGGUGGAAGGUGAGGAGCCAGACCCCCAAAGGUCCCAGAGGGCAUCUGAUUCCCAGCUGGGAAGAGACAGCACUUGUGUACCCCAGGGUGGGCACCACACUCUGGUACAGGCUCUUUUGAGGCCAGGGGCAGAUUCUAGAAAAAGAAGUAGGGUCUUCCCCGACCUAAAAUGCUUGCUUCCCAGCGACUGCCUUAAACAAGUGGGCAGGUCAGCAGAUUACUGGUCUUGCAGAAAACUAUUCAAAUCUUGGUCCCAGAAUCUCGCUCAGUUUGAACCAAAUAUCCAAAACUCCUGACCAGACAGUAGGAAAGGACUUUUGGUUUUGUUUCCAGAAACACAAGAGAGAAAUCAAUGCCAGCCACUCUUCCUAUUUCUCGCCCCAGGC